AUGGAGCAGCAAUUGCUAUCGUUUCCAGCCCUUUUGAGCUUUCUCCUUUUAAUCUUCGUGGUACUAAGGAUCUGGAAGCAAUACACAUACAAAGGAAAAUCCACCCCACCCCCUGGACCAUGGAGAUUACCUCUCCUAGGCAACUUUCACCAGCUAGUUGGUGCUCUACCCCACCACCGCCUAACCGAAUUGGCCAAAAUUUAUGGACCAGUUAUGGGUAUUCAACUUGGUCAGAUUUCUGUUGUCAUCAUUUCCUCAGUAGAAACAGCCAAAGAAGUGCUUAAAACCCAGGGUGAGCAGUUCGCUGAUAGAACCCUUGUCCUCGCAGCAAAAAUGGUACUUUAUAAUCGCAACGACAUUGUGUUUGGAUUAUACGGAGACCACUGGAGACAACUGAGAAAAUUAUGCACAUUGGAGCUGCUUAGUGCAAAACGUGUCCAAUCAUUCAAGUCCGUCAGAGAAGAAGAGCUCUCAAAUUUUGUAAAGUUCCUUCAUUCCAAAGCAGGAAUGCCCGUCAAUCUUACUCACACGUUGUUUGCUUUGACAAACAAUAUUAUGGCAAGAACAUCUGUAGGUAAAAAAUGCAAGAACCAGGAAGCCCUCUUAAGUAUUAUAGAUGGCAUCAUUGAUGCAUCAGGAGGUUUUACUAUUGCGGAUGUGUUUCCUUCCGUUCCCUUCCUCCACAACAUAUCUAAUAUGAAAUCGAGAUUGGAGAAGUUGCAUCAACAAGCGGACGAUAUUCUUGAAGACAUCAUAAAUGAACACAGAGCCACCAGGAAUCGUGAUGAUCUGGAAGAAGCUGAAAAUCUCCUUGAUGUUCUUUUGGAUCUUCAGGAAAAUGGAAACCUUGAAGUCCCUUUGACCAAUGACAGCAUCAAGGGAGCCAUUCUGGAUAUGUUUGGAGCUGGUAGCGACACAUCCUCAAAAACAGCCGAAUGGGCAUUGUCGGAGUUGAUGAGGCACCCAGAAGAAAUGAAAAAGGCACAAGAAGAGGUGAGGCGAAUUUUUGGUGAAGAUGGAAGAAUUGAUGAAGCUCGAUUUCAAGAAUUGAAGUUCUUGAAUUUAGUUAUCAAAGAAACUCUGAGAUUACAUCCUCCAGUAGCACUGAUUCCAAGAGAAUGUAGGGAAAAAACUAAGGUUAAUGGAUACGAUAUCUAUCCUAAAACUAGAACACUCAUCAAUGUUUGGUCUAUGGGAAGGGAUCCCAGUGUUUGGACUGAAGCUGAGAAGUUCUACCCGGAAAGGUUUCUGGAUGGCACAAUUGAUUAUAGAGGUACUAAUUUUGAACUAAUUCCAUUUGGUGCAGGAAAAAGGAUAUGUCCUGGUAUGACAUUAGGGAUAGUUAACCUUGAGCUUUUCCUUGCGCACCUAUUGUAUCAUUUUGACUGGAAGCUUGUUGAUGGAGUGGCUCCUGACACUCUUGACAUGAGUGAAGGUUUUGGCGGUGCACUUAAAAGGAAAAUGGACCUUAACUUGGUUCCCAUUCCAUUCACUACUUUGCCAUAG